ACUCACUAGGGUAACGGUUUUUAUCCCUCUCUUUUCUAUGCUUUGUCACUCCCAUCUCUAGCAACAACAUCGCUACACCGACCGUCCAUUUCACAGAACCCUCUCCCUCUUCACUCGGUCUUCUCCGUUCGUUGGGUCUUCUCCUUUGCCGUUCGCAAGGGUUACAUUACCUCGGUCAAGGUUUCUGUUCGCCAUUUUCGCCUUUUCCGCUGAUAACUUGGUUCGCCCAAAAGGUGGAGGUUGAUUUCUUCUUGAGUCUCUUUGAAAGAACAAUAAACUCUGAAAUUGAAGCUUUUAAGAGGUACCCCAAGAAACUGAGACCGCUGUUAGAAACCAUGGCACGUCAGAAAGUGGAUUCCAAAUUGAAGGAUAUUUCUCCGAGUAUUGGUGCCAAUAUGAUCACAGGAGCCACUGACCUUAUUGAAAUCAAUAGCUUCUUUUUUGUCAGGAUUGUUAGGGCCAGAUAUUUGUUUGUGCGUAAUGGCCCCAAUCAUUGUGACCCUUAUGUGGAGGUGAGAGUUGGGAGGUUUCAGGGUACAACUCCCUCCAUCAGGAGCAGCAUAGACCCAGUGUGGAACCAUGUCUUUGCCCUUGAGAUAGGUCAAACUCAAAUUCACGAGACAAUUCUUGAGAUUUUCGUGAAGAACAAUAUUCCUACCUAUGAUGAAUACAUAGGUCGGAUUUCGUUUGAUAUUUCUGAUAUUCCAAUACGGCCUCCGAGUGAUUGUGCACUACAAUCGCAGUGGUAUGAGAUAGAGGAUCUAAGGGGGAAACAGUUCAGGGGAGAGCUUAUGCUAUCUUGUUGGAAAGGAACUCAGGCUGAUGAGGGAUUUUAUGGAGCUUGGCAUUUACAGACUGAUGCAGCAUCAAUUGGUGUUUACAAUAUUGAUAAUACUCGUUCACGGAUGUAUAUUAUGCCUAAGAUUUGGUGUCUCAGAGUUAAUUUGAUUCAAGCACAUGGCCUCCUACUUGAAGAUGAAUCUGAAAAAUCCUCAAUUUUCAUUCGGGCUACCUUGGGGAAUUUGACCUUCACAAGCAAGUUGGUGGAGAACAAUAAUGGAAACCCAAAAUGGAAUGAGCAAUUGUUAAUUUCCGUGGCAGAGCCAUUUGAUAAUCAACGGUUGUUUUUUAGCGUGGAAAAAGGAACAUUAACAAGUCACAAAAGCUUGGGGACGUGUGUAUUUCUUGUCAAGAAUGCAGACAAGGUUUCACCUAUAUCUGUUCGAACUAUUGUUGUCGAACAGAAUGGGGGAUUUGCUGGUAAGAUUAGUAUGAUGUUCUAUUUGGAUGGUGGUUAUCAUAUAUUUGAUGAUGACCCACACUACGGCACUGAUCUGAGUCCACCAGACAAACCCCCCAUUGGGGUUUUUGAGAUGGGGAUACUGAAUGCUAGAGGGCUUCCAGCCAUAAAAGCAAGGGGUCGUACUGAUGCAUAUUGUGUGGCUAAAUAUGGCCCAAAAUGGAUUCGGACAAGAACAGUUGUCAAUAGUCUUUCUCCGAACUGGAAUGAGCAGUGCGCUUUUGAUGUCUACGAUCCAUGCACAUUCAUCACAAUUUCUGUGUUUGAUAACGGUCUACUGUACGAGGGAGAUAUAGCUUCAGGAGCAAAAGAUACAGGAAUAGGGAAGGUGAGAAUCCGUCUAUCUGACAUGGAAACCAAUAAAAUUUAUUCUUAUUCUUAUCCACUUUUUGAACUUCAACCUUGCGGGCUGAUAAAGAUGGGACAAAUUCAACUGGCUUUCAAGUUUUGUUGCCUAAGUAAGCUUAAUCUCUAUUUCAUGUACGCAUUGACCAAGCUUCCUAAACAACAUUAUGCUAAACCAUUGUCUCCGACUCAAUUACAUGGGUUAAGGAAACAAUCUGUUAUGUUUGUCUCAUCGAAGUUGAGUAAGAGUGAACCGCCGAUGAGAAGAGAGGUUGUUGAGUAUGUGCUGGAUUCUCGCGAAAUCAUGUGGAGCAUGCGAAGAGCUAGAGCUGAUUUUGAAAGGAUUAACAUUUUGGUGAGUGGGUUGGUAGCCUUAUACACUAGAUUUGAUGAGAUAUGCAAGUGGGAGAAUCCUAAUGUAACAGUUAUGGUAAUUAUAGUUGUUAUAGUGGUUCCAGUGGUUCUGGAUAUUUGUUCCCCUCUACCACAGCAUCUCUUUUGGCAUUUUAUCUUGUGUAUUUAUUGGGGCUGGAAAUAUGCAAAUAGGCCAAAAAAACUGGCUCAUGUAAAUUUGGAAUUGUCUAAUGUUCACACAGCAAGUGUAGAUGAACUAGAAGAAGAGUUUGAUCCAAUUCCAACAAGAUUCGGAGACAACGUUAUAAGGAGGAAUAGAUAUGAUCGAUUAAGAAUUGUCGCAGGGAAAUAUGCAGCACUGAUGGGGGACUUUGCUACUAUUGGAGAGAAACUACAAUAUCCUUUGAGCUGGCAGGAUCCAACCGUUACAAUGCUUGUGAUGAUUGCUUGUUUGAUUGUUGGGUUUCUGAUCUUACGGUUUUCACCUUCGUGGAGCUUUCCAUUUCCGCUGCGUUAUUUUGUUAUACUUGUUUCGGUGCUUUAUCUGCUAAUAAAUUAUCCUAUAUUUUGUUCACCCUCCCCUAGUUGGAUUUAUAAUUUGAUAAGUAGGAUGCCUUUAAAAUUAGACUACAUGAUAUAAGAGUGAGAUUUUUUUUUUUUUUUUUGGUUGCUGGUAGUAGGGUGACAUUGAUGUAGACGCACUCUGGUCUCUGAGUACUCUAUUUUUUUUUUUAUAAUAUUGAAUUCUUUAUUUUAUUUUCUCGCCAAUCAAAUUGCCAUUUCAUUUUUGGUUGUGAUAUGUUUACUACU